AUGGUGUACCUUGCUGCCUUUGAUGAGGAUUGGAAGCGAUGGGAGCUCCCUUUCCCCAAGAACAAGCAGGAGUUCAAGCAGUUCGUGCUUUUCGACAAAGCCCUGAGGGGUGCCCAGUCUGACGAGAAGAAUGUCCUGACGAAGAAUGUCAAUGCAGCGGCGCGCGUUGCCCUUGACAUGACGACCGACUCAGGCAUUGAUCACGUCAUUUGUCGGCUCCGCUUGGUUUCAAAGGACAACAAUGCACACCAAGAGACGGCAGUCUUCACGAUCGACUCGAUCUUGAGGCAUGCGGCACAGAACAAAGACGAGGAGAUCCGCAGUCUCUAUGAAAGCCGGUUCGAGAAGCAUCUUCGCCACGUUUUCAAGCGUGCCAUUGAAGCAGUGACUUCGCGCGCCUCCCUGGCUUCCAAAUUCUUCGAGAUAUUGGGGAAGUGGAAGGAGAGAGGAUGGUUCCAGGAAGCGCUUCCUGACGUUGUGAGCGUCGUCGAGAAGGCCGCACCCGAUGUGUCGAAGCCGGACAGGCUGAUUGCAGAGGACAUGGAUGUGGACGAGAUGAGCGAAGCAGAACUGGUAGAGGAGCCCUUUAAGGAUGCUGAGUCUGGUUUCUCUGUGAUGCAGUCCGUGCCAGUCACCCCUGGCAUGCCGGCCGCUUCGAACACGCCUACCGGACAGCCCAUGACACCUGGCUACAAUGCGCCGACACCAGGCAGCAUGAAGAUGCCGGGAACUCCUGCGCCGACAACGCCAUUCCUGAAGAACAUACCGAUGACACCGAAUACCACCCAAGUGUUGGGCUCCGUCCCGGCUACACCCAAUCUAUCAGUUCCCAUGACGCCGAAUACCACCCGAGUGUGGGGCUCCGUCCCGGCUACACCCAAUCUAUCAGUUCCCAUGACGCCGAAUACCUCCCAAGUGAUGAAUUCCGUCCCAAUGACACCAGCGAUGAAUUCCGCCCCAGGGCCAAGCCAUGCCAAUGACGCCGAGAACUGCAGCGGUGCUGGAGUCCAUUCCAUCCACUCCUAUGCAUACUAUGCAGAUACCAUCCACACCACGGACAAUGAUAGCCGGCUACAUUCCUUCCACUCCUACAGGCAUGGUGCCCCAGACUCCAUACAGCAGUGGCAGAAUGCCUCAAACACCGGCGAUUUCAACUCAGCGGAGAUGCACUCAGCAGAGAUGGUGUCCCCAGAGAUGAUCGAGGAGGAGCCCCGGGAGCCUGAAGAGGUGCCGACUGUGACGGAUGACUUCUCAGUGCCGACAUCUUGGAUGGAGGGCACCGCAGAUCCUCCUACCGAGGCAUCUUCUUUCAUAUCACGCGUUCCUGGCAUACGCUUUGCUCACAGCAUGGCUCAGUUGUACUCCCCGUGCUUUGCGUUGCUCCUGGUGACAGAGCCAGUGAAGAACCACCGUGAAAUCGGUGGGUCGGAGUCCAUUCCCCCAAGCUUGCCACGUCACCUGCCGGUCAACACAGCUGCAGGGGUUGCUUUUGCCAAUUCGGUCGCAGGCUUGCGCAGCCUCGAGGGAGAUGCCUCUGAGGACCACUGGUUUGCGCCGACAGGCAUUCUCUACUCCAAGGCAGAGAAUGGGCAGCAGAAGGGGCCGUUCAAGGUGGGUGGCCUCGAGCGUGCCCCACGAAGCGGGGAGCAUCCCUUCGAGGCGCUCCAGACCGGCGCCUUUAAGACCAAGGCCCUGAAAACGGAGGCCGCAGGGUUGAGGGGUUUAGGGUUUACGGGGUUCAGGGGCUUAGGGGUUCAGGGUUUGGGGGUUUAG